AUGCUGCUGCCGUCGGCUCUGCGCACCCGCCUGGCCGAGGGCCCGGGAGAGGCCGAGCCGCUGCCCGUGGUGCGGCACCCUGCGGCGGGAGCCGCGCCCUUUCGCUUCGCGGCGCGCCGGGGCCGCUUCUCGCGGGAGCACGAGUUCUUCGAGGAUGGUGACGUGCAGCGGCAUCUCUACCUACGGGACGUGCUCACACAGGUGGCCGAGGCGCCCGAGAGGCCCAGGGUGCCAGAGUUCACCUGCCAGGUGGCAGGCUGCUGCCAGGUGUUUGAUGCCCUGGCGAGCUACGAGCAUCACUACCACGUGCUGCACAGCAACGUCUGCUCCUUCUGCAAGCGGGCCUUCCCCUCCGGCCACCUGCUGGACAGCCACAUCCUGGAGUGGCAUGACGCCCGCUUCCAGAUCCUGGCAGAGAGGCAGGACAUGUACCAGUGCUUGGUGGAAGGCUGUGAAGAGAAGUUCAAGACCAGCCAAGAUCGAAAGGAGCACAUGGUGAAGCGUCACCUGUACCCCGCGGAUUUCCGGUUUGAUAAGCCCAAGAAGAGCAGAGGGCCAGCCGCACCGGGGGCCACAAUGCCCGUGUCAGCCAAAGCCCCGGCGGGUCACGGUGAGCAGUCAGAAGGGGACGCCAUGGAGGUCUGCUCCGACGGACACGUGGCGCCCUCCCCAGUGCCUGCGGGCGAGAGCUCGGCCACACCAGGGCUCCCGGGGAGGCGGGCCUACAGCCACAGAAUUCCUGCCACCGUCUGUUUCGGUCAAGGUGCGUCACGGGGGUUUAAAAGCACCAAGAAGAGAAGCAAACACCACUGAUGGUCCCAGCGUAGGGGUGACCCCGAGGCCUCCGACACCAGCCAGGGGGCGGUGCCUCCCAGCGGCGGUGGUUUCGGUCAUGGGCUGCCUUUCUCACCCUGGGAUCGGGCUGCCAGCAGCUGUGGUGUGGCCACCCUGGGGCCCAGGCCUCGGCUGUCCUCGAUGUCUCAGCCUGUGGUGGGUGGUGUCCGUUACCAGGAGCAACAGGAGCUUGUGGCUCCUGACGGUGACGCAGACCACUGCCCAGGAAGGAGGUGGAUUCUGGCCCUCGGCAGCGGGCGCCGUGAGAAUCUUGUUUUUGAAUGUGUAAAAUAAAUAU